UUGCCGCAAAACGGUUGAUAACAAACCGUCGCCAUGGAGAUGUUGUAACUACCCACCUGUUGCGGGAGGGUUGUUUCUGAUUUAUCAGUUCGGUGUGUUUUUCUCUUUGUCCGGUGCAGACAUAACUUACAGGAGACGUAGAUUGCUGCUGAUUUGAAGGUGAUAAAAACAAAACGUCGAGUCCAGAGGCAAAGACAUGUCAUUAACACGCAGACGGCCAGGAGAUGAAGACUGGUUUUACCACGCUCCACUGAAAAGCAAGAAAGACUCCACACAGGUGUCAGUUCCGCCGGCUUCACAGAUCCCCGGGCUGAGUCAACUGCCGGCUGAUGUGCCGCUAGACGUGGAUCCGGCAUCCAAGAGGAAGUGGAUUCGUGAUACCGACACUAAAUACAUCAAAUUGGCUAAACAAGGCGGCAGACAGGACCUUCUCCGAUACAGGAGUCCACCGGAUCAUACCAAGGACCCCGUCCCGUAUCCCAGAGUGGACUGGUUCGACCAUGACGUACCGCAGGAGGAUGACGAACCUCUGCACCACAGCUUUGCCCUGCCAGAGUACAUGGUACAUGAGGAGUUUGUACCGAGUCCACAGAGGCAGCAGGAGAGUAGAAAGAAGGCACCGUUCUCAACAGACAGUAAAACCGUGUGGCAGCGGGAUGACACAGAUCCGACAGACAAACGUGUCCGACUCCCGGAGAUCAAGAGACCCCAGAGAAGACACAAGGAGAAAAUGCCACCACCACCAAAUGUUGAGAAGAAAGAGAGACGUAAACAACCAGCAGCUUUGAAGGACCAUUUUGCUGCCAAAUCCAGAUUUCCGCCUGUGCCUCAACCAGUGGGAAAGGAAGAACCUGUGUCGUUUGGGAAGUUGUUAAGUAUGGGAUAUCAGAGAGACUGGAUCAGUCGCAGGAAUGAGUGGGAGGACCAGCAUGUACAUGGAGCCAGACAUCUGGAGCCGCUGCCAAAAGGUACAGAGUACCAAGAAAAGAUCAGUAAACAACAACAACAACAGGUCUCCGGUAACAAACACCAGCACAAGUCGGUCAGGAAGGACGGGGCUGGUCACAAGGGGUCUGCAGACUCUGAGGACAAACCUGUCUUCAAACUCAGCAAGUUUGAGAAAGUGGGGCCUAAAGUGAGCACGCGGAGGGAGCCUGUCCACGUGUGAAGCAGUUAUCACAGCUUCUCCAGACAGACAACGUGUUCAUCCGUGUUCUGUGGGAUGCAGCCUUUAUCAUACCAGUAGUUCAAAACACAAAGACGUGUUUGAUAAUCAGACAUGGCCAGGUUAUUUUUCUGCAUACUUAUGAAAGAUAUAUACAAAAUUUCUAUUUGUAUAAAUUGUUACUGUUGUGAAAAAACGGAUGUUUUGACUAUGUUUUGAUUAUGUCUGUUCAGAUUGUGCCAUUUCUAGAGUUGAAAGUUGCAGGAUUUGUACGACUGGUACAGAAAAUGUUCAACAAAUGUUCUAAUGUUCAGACUAACUUGUUCCUCACAACUCCGUCCACUUACACCCAAGAUAGCUGCUUUAAAAAGCGAUUUUUGUGUGUACUGAUACAUGUAUAUUAUAUAAAUAUAUGGCACUAUGAAACUCGGUGCAUUAAUACAGUGAAUUGACAGGCUGAUGUGCGAUGACCAGAAAAGUGCAAUCAGCAGUGUUUAACACUGAAUCAAACAUCAAGUUGUGCACAUCUUUCCACCAGCGUUGCAAGCACGUCGGCAGAACGUACUGCACCUGCGCGAAACCCGUAACGUAUUGUACUUCGACAGAACGUCUCAUAUAAGGUCGUAUUAGCGCAUAUAAGGUUAACACUCCGUCUGUAGUUUCCAAAUGUUAUGUAGGAAAAGAUAUUCUUUGCAACAGGCAAAAUUCUGAUGCAACGUUGACCAAAAAUCGUAAAAAUACAGGGUUCUGCGCAGACACAGUACAUUCUGCGGACGUGCUAGCGUUGCAUAUGAUGUACAGUCAUGUAUAUACCAGUAGUGUGUGUUGGCUAACAGACUGUAGGUUGUUUGUUUGUAUAUUGUAAGUUGUCUUCCAUUAUGUCAUACAAGAUAUUACUAGUAAUUCAACAGCUCAGUAACUAAUUAUAUUCUUGGGCUUUAUGGUAUUGUAUAUAAGUUGUAUGUUGUGCUUAUU